GGUGUCACAUUUAUAGCAUCAGACUCAGUCACUGAUGAUAAACAAGAUGAAUAAAUACAGGAAGCAGAUAGCAGAACAGUUCCUGAGUCAGGCCCUGGGCAUCAUCUGCCUGCUGACCGGAGAGGAAUACACCAUUGUGAAGAAGAGGCCCUCCCACAGCAGCGUUCAACAGCUGAGCGGAGAGGUGCCUAUAAAGUGUGAGGAUGUUGCUGUGUAUUUCUCUAUGGAGGAGUGGGAGUAUAUAGAGGGACACAAGGAGCUUUACAAGGACGUCAUGAUGGAGACUCACCAAGCACUAAGGACUAUGGAGAUCCCAGGAAGUGAGAGCUCAGAACUAACAGGUCACAGUGAUGAAAAUCUAUACACAGGAGCACAUAGAGAACUGGUACAGAAUAUUCAGCCAGUGGAGACCCCAUCAGACGUCUCUGCAGAUCUAACAGGUCACAGUGUCCUAGACACAGGAUCACAUGGGGACCUUGUACAGAAUAUUCAGCCAUCAGAUGUCUCUGCAAAUGACAUUAAUACUGACGUAGAUGAUAAAACAGAAGAUCUGAGUGUAACGUGUCAGCUGGCAGCUCCAAUGCAGGAAUUGUGUGACAGUGACAAUGAAGAUGAAAACGAUGCUAAAAUUUUAUGUAACACGGAACAAAUGGAAGAUCAGGGGCUAGCAAAUAUGGCAGAAGCUGCAAAGCAGGAAAUAUGUGACAAUAAAAAUAUAGGUGAAAACGAUGCUAAGAUUUCAUGUAACAUGGAACAAACAGAAGAUCAGUGGCUAAGAAAUGUCGAACCAUCAGAGCAAGAAAUUUGUGCCAAUAUAAGUACAGGUGAAUUCACAAACUGCAAUAAUCCUAGCCAUGAUCAGAGUGCAGAUGCUUCUUUACAUCUUCUUCAAAACCAAAGAAGCCACGUGGGAAAUUUAUGUUCUGAAUGUGGCAAAUGUUUUCUUAAGAAAUCACAUCUUUUUAAACAUCUUAACAUUUGUACAAGAGAAAAUCCAUUUUCCUGUCCUAUAUGUGGAAAACGUUUUAACUGUAAAAACAUUCUUGUUGCUCAUCAGAAAAUUCAUACCGGAGAAAAAGAAUUUUCAUGUUCUGACUGUGGGAAAUGCUUUACUCGGAAAUCAAAUCUCAUUACACAUCAGAAAAUUCAUACAGGGGUGAAAGGAUUGUCAUGUUCUGACUGUGGAAAAUGUUUUAUCCUGAAAUCAUAUCUUAUUAGGCAUCAGAAAAUUCAUACAGGGGAGAAAGCAUUUUCAUGUUCUGAUUGUGGGAAAUGUUUUACUCAGAAAUCAGCUCUUCUUAGGCAUCAGAAAACACACACAGGCGAAAAAGCAUUUUCAUGUUCUGACUGUGGAAAAUGUUUUACUCGGAAAUCAACUCUUCUUAUGCAUCAAAAAAAUCAUACAGGGGGAAAAUGUUCUGACUGUGGAAAAUGUUUUAUCCUGAAAUCACAUCUUAUUAGGCAUCAGAAAAUUCAUACAGGGGAGAAACCAUUUUCAUGUCCUGGUUGUGGGAAAUGUUUUACUCGGAAAUCACAACUCAUUACACAUCAGAAAAUUCAUAUAGGUGUGAAAGGAUUUUCAUGUUCUGACUGUGGGAAAUGUUUUACUUGGAAAUCAACUCUUCUUAUGCAUCAAAAAAUUCAUACAGGGGAAAAAGGAUUUCCAUGUUCUGACUGUGGAAAAUGUUUUAUCCUGAAAUCAAAUCUUAUUAGGCAUCAGAAAAUUCAUACAGGGGAGAAAGCAUUUUCAUGUUCUGACUGUGGGAAAUGUUUUACUCUGAAAUCACAACUCACUACACAUCAGAAAAUUCAUACAGGGGUGAAAGAAUUUCCUUGUUCUGACUGUGGAAAAUGUUUUAUCAUGAAAUCAUAUCUUAUUAGGCAUCAGAAAAUUCAUACAGAAAGAAUCUGAAGAAAUACCAAAAAGAUGACAACCUAUCUUCAAGUUGGGAAAUUCCAUGUCCUAAUGUUGUUAUGACUGAUUAUGGAGGGUUUUGCUGGACGAAAUUCUUUUGCAUUUUCAGAGGACUGCAUGGGUAUUUUGGGUUUGACUCAGACAACUUCAAGAUGGAAAUCGUGAUUGUGGUAUCAAAGUCAAUGUAACUGAACUAGUUUUUGGAAGAUGAUCAACAACAUCAAAAUAAACAUUAUGAUCCUGAACGUAUUAACAUAGCUUUGGACAAAGGCCGGUCUAAUGUUACAAGUUAUACAAAAUGGGUUAAAUGUGGCAAAGAAACAUUUAUUUUUAAGUUUAUUUUUGCAAAAUAUGACAGUCAAGGACAAUGACAUUAUUUUGGGAACAAAAGAACGUUAUAACAUCCGAUUGUACGAUUUUACUUUAAAAAUGUUAAUUGUUGUUAAAUGUAUAAUUAUUUUGUUUAUGUUAAUUUUGUAUAAAGAGAAUAGUUUAUAGAGUAAUGUGCUAAACCUUACCGUUACACUAUAAGGCCUAGCAAAGGGGUGGACUGUAAGAUUUUAAUGAGUAUAUAAAUGGUGUCCAUAUUGUUACAGAGAAGGUUAGUGUGUCCUUAUGACUAUUUUAACAUCAGGCAUGAUAUAAUGCUGACCUAGUCAGUAAGCAAGCAUAUAACAUAUAUGGGUAUGGGAGUGACAAGUAUUGCAAAGGGCUUCAAAUAACUCACAAUACCUAGUUUGGAACAUGGCCAAAAGUGUAUUAUCAGCAGUUUUAAAGGGUAUAAAAAUCAGGGAGAAAUAAUGGUAGAUAGAGUUCAUCUUUGGAAGGGAAACACCACCGAUACAAGCUGUAACCAGGACUCCCACAAGAAACAAACGGGGUAAUAUUCAUUUUAUGUAUUAUUUCUCUGUUAAAUUGUUUUUAUGUGUUUAACCUAGUAAACAAUAACAUGUAAUCUUGUUAUUUAUCUAUUCUUUAAUAAAUGCGUGAUGGUUUAAAUAGUUGAA